UUACAAUUCGCGUUGAUCCAUCUGCUCGUGUAAUAUUUUUAGUUUGGCCUACUAAAUGUGAUUCUUUUAGUUUGUGUGUAUGUGUUUGUUUUGUAUGAGUUGAAUCCAUUGCCCUAAGUAGGUUUAAAAAAUAAACAGUGCUUACCAAGGGCGAAUGUCUAAAAAAAUGUGACGUUAUUUUGUAUAAAAAAAUGUAAACAAAGGAUAUAUUUGAUACCAAUUUAAGAUUAAACUGAACCAAUGAUUCAGGGAACAUGUCGUUUAUGGAAUAUAAGCAUAUCCGCUCUAGUCUUCCUCACGGUGUACAACAUAAUGCUGACUGUGAAGCUAAUGUACGCUCCCAGUUGCACCAAACAGUACGCCCCCGUACAGAAACCAAGAAUAAUCUACCAAAAAUGUGAUAUCGACAAAGAGAAAUCCGGUAAAUAUUUUUUAAACUUAGAUCUAAGCCUCGGCAGGUGGGACGAAAAGCACAAGUACAAGCUCUUCGACAACAUCAUCGUGGGGGAGAAGUACGUGCUCCUGAACGAUCUCUACAAGACUUGUUUGGCCACGCAGAGCUCGCUGGAGAAGAUCUCUUCACUGAUAGAGGUGUCCAGUCAUUGGAAUGGUCCCAUCUCCCUAGCGACGUUCGCCGCCAGCGAAGAGGAAUUGAACACUGUCCUGCUGUACAUACUGUAUUUAAGAAAAUGUGAUACGAGGAUAAAAGACAAGGUAGCCUUUCACCUGGUUGUGGCCAAGGAAAGAGCGCCGAGAAGCUACGAGAUAGACACCGAGAAGUUGAACGAGUUGAAUUGCGACAACCCCAUGGGAGUCAUCCAGUACCUCCUCAAAGACCUAAACAAGGGCCCUAACAAGUGGAGGGCGAAGCUGCCCUAUCCCCAGAACCACCUGAGGAACUUGGCCAGGAAGAACUGCCAGACCAAGUACGUUUUCCUAACAGACGUCGAUAUCAUUCCCAGCAGGGGCAUGGCGGAGAGCCUGGACGUGUUCUUGGGAAAUCCCGAGUGCAAGGGGCAGUGUGCCUACGUAGUUCCCACGUACGAACUAGACGAAAGGGUACUGUUCCCUCCAAAUAAGACUGAACUCAUUCGAUUAGCAAAUAAGGGCCUAGCCAGACCGUUUCAUCACAAGGUUUUCAUUUACAACCAGUAUGCUACAAACUUCACCAGAUGGCAGAACACCGUUGACGAUGGGACGGAUAUCCACAUCAGUCAUCCAGUGACAAAUUUUGAAUUUCUUUACGAGCCCUUCUAUAUAACUCCGGACACGGUGCCGCCACAUGACGAGAGGUUCAUCGGAUAUGGAUAUACGAGGAAUAGUCAGGUGUACGAGAUGUUCGUAGCGGGCUACGAGUUCCUGGUGCUGUCCCCGAUCUUCACCUGUCACUGGGGCCUGCAGAUAAAGCGGACUCGACCGCCAUGGAGGGAACACCAGAACAACCUGAACCGCAAACAGUUCGAUGGAUUCAAGAAGGAAAUCUUCGCCAGAUACAACAAGGACCCCCUCAACAUGAUGGCGUCACGGAAAACCUGACACAAGUUUCAGAACAUUGGCAACAUCCUUAUUUUGUAAUAAUGUGUGAUUGUUAUUUUGUGAUCCGCGCUUAAGUUCUUACUGAGGAGGAUGAAAUUAGUUUUCAACUGUUUAAUAUUAAGUAAUUUAUCUAAUUAUAUCCUUUUGAGUUAU